AUGAUAACGGGGCCCUCAGGCGGGCGGGCGGACCACCACCCCCCACCCCGCAGCAGCGCAGCCCAGUGGCAGCGGCAGCGGCUGGCGGCGCCUCGCUCGGCCCGCCGGAGGGCCCGGCCGGGCGCAUCCGGCGGAGGCCCUGUGAGCGCGCGGCCGCCGCGAGGCGCCUCUGCCGCCGGCGGGAACGUGGCGCGUCCCCGCGCGCGCGCGCACGCACGCACGCUCGCGCCUGGCGCGGACUCCUGCGAGGCCUCCGGUGCGGUGCUCGCCGGCGGUGAGCGAGCCGCCGGACAUCCUGUUGGCACCGGAGCGGCUGGGAAACGGUGGACACUGAUUUCUGGUUGUAAUCAGGAGAUGCAGCGACUGCCACCGGUCUUGUGUCACCCAUUAUCUCGAGGCUGGAAGAGUCAGCAACUGAAGAGGGCUCACCCCGGUCAUCACAGAGGGCAUGAGGUCAUCCGGGUUUUCUGUUGAUGCACACGUCUUUUCAGACAAUUGGCAAAGGUGGAUUCAGGCUCCGGGAUCCUCCAGCAGGCCAUCUUGGGCUCCCGGUCACAAACUGGAGAAAUAACCUCUGCCGCUCCUGAUCAAACCGACUGAGAACCUCAGACAGGGACUUCACAGCCCGGCUGUCACCAGUAUUGCCACGAUCCGCCCUGCAGCACUCCAUCCUAAGUCAGGGAAAUUCUGUAGUAUGAACACUAUGUUACUAAUCCAGGAUAGACAAUUGAAGCAGCCUUAGACUGUCUUGAAUCUGAAGCUAGAGGAAUACAGGUACCUUAGCCAUCAAAGCAAGCGGCAGAGGUGAGGGGUGGCCCUGUCUGUGACACCGGAAUUGGGGGAACAAGGACGUGAGGCUCAGCCAUUCUCCCUCAUGGCCCUAAAGAGAUAAACUCUGGAAUGUAUUCCUUGACCUUGAAACUGAAUUGGGUCUCACACCCUGCAGCCUUCACACCCCAGCCUGCAUUCUUUCCCAGGUUCCCAAGGCCUCGCCCAGUUCCUGGAAUUCCCCUCUGCCUACUGCCCCCUACUCCCGCCCCCAGCCCUAGCCCUCUUUAAAAAGAACCCAUCCCUGGGGGUCGGGGCCUUCUGCCACAUGCUCCAUCCUGUACAUGCAGCACUUGGUCACCCACCUCUGCGGAUUUAUUUUCUCUGAAUAAAUUCAGUCUGGCUGUAAA